AUGUAUCGAUGGGUUCUGCAGGUGCGCCUAGGUUCAGAGGGCCUAGACUGUGACCAAGUGAAAAAGCCUGCUAGGAUAGUCUUGCUAGAGUGGACUGAAUUUCCCAAAGGAGAGGAUCCAGACUGUUAUAUUGUAACCUACCAGCCAGCAGAUGCUUUCAGUCAAAAAAAUUUAAGAAACAUUUCCAAAGUUGAGCAGAAACCUGCCAGUACUACAAUUUUGCUUGAAGAAAAUAAGAAGUAUGAUAUUACAAUAGAAUCCCUAAAAAGUGGCCGAAUCAUAAGUGUAAAAUCAUUUCAGACAUGUGGAAUUUCAGAAAAUGACAUCAAAACAUUUGUGACAGCUACUACAGUGUCUUUUAAUUGGAGUGCAAUGACCAAGGAAGUUUCAGUUUCAGUUUCACUGAAUGAUACUUCUCAGAUUAUGAAAAACCUCCAUGGAUUCCUUGUAUGGAGUAAUUUGAUGCCUGCUACCUUAUAUACAUUUAAGUUUAUAUUUGAACAGCUACAUCUUGGAUUUAUAAAUGUGUCUCAGUCACUGGAUGUCCAAGCUGAAACAGGCACCUGUCCCCAAGGGUGGGUGGCAUUCCAAAGCAGCUGCUAUCAAGUGGGCAAGGAGAGCAGGACGUGGAAGGUGGCACAACGCACCUGUGAAACGUCUUCACGAGGGGCACAUCUUCUUGACAUAGGCAGCGAAGAAGAACGUGGUUUUAUUUCAUUUUAUCUCCAGACAAUUAAUCAAAUAAUCAUGGUAUGGACGGGACUUAACGACCUGAAG